CAGUAUUGACAGAUUAUGUCCGUCGGCCCAGCUGCAAGGAAAUACUUUGCAUAAAUCCAUAACAAAACGUGCAGCCGAUGACCUUUGACACGUUAAGUGCAAAACUUGCACAAUUUGCUAAAUGGCACCUCGCUGGUAUUUGCCUGCUAGUUUAUGCAGGCUGACUCUCGUCUGCCAUUGUUGGAACGGAUUUAGUAAUGUCGUGAUAAAAUGUUUACGUUAACCGAGCGCCCUUUGACCCCUCCCCUUCACCGUAAGUGUUGCUGUGCUCCUCUGCCCGCAUGAUGGCUACCCUGGCUCUAAAUUAGGAACUGGAGAGCCGGGAGACAUAGCUAUUCCCCCUUGAAGGACUCUCACUUGUGCUAGACACGGACAGACAGCACUGGAGAAAGGUUCAUUGCAAGUGUGCGUCAGACCUCCAGUGAGAGGACAGUAGAAUUGGGGUUGUUAGCUAAGGAGACCCUGAGAAACCCAGUUUUGGCUCUUCAGCCCUGCGGAAACCUCCUCUUCAAUGGCUGCUGCUGCUGCCUCCACCACUGCUGUGCCAGAGGGUUUUCAUUAUGAAACGAAGUAUGUCGUCCUCAGCUACCUGGGUCUCAUCUCGCUUGACAGGCCUCAAGGGCAACAGGGUGCCACUGCAGAAGGAGCUGCACAGCCGGAGCAGUCGUCCCAGGAGAAGGAGAGGGCAAUGCAGAUGAAGGCGGAGAUCGAGGAGGAGCUCAGGCUUCUGGAGGAGGAGAUCUCUGCCUCCUUCCACAGCACAGGCUUUGACUGCCAUACAUCUCCAGUGUUCAGCCCUGCCAACCCAGAGAGCUCUAUAGAAGACUGCCUGGCUCACCUUGGGAGCAGAGUGUGGGAAGAGCUGGGCACACCUCUGCACCUGGCUCUCCAGACCCUCCUCAGUGCACCCCUGGAUUACCAACAGUACAAGUUAGCUGUUGAUGAAGUGUCAGCUCACUGUCAUGGCUGGAAUAAGGUGCUGGUGCCGCUGGUGCUGCUGCAGGAUGUGAUGAGGGAGCUGACAAGGCAGGGGGAGCGGCCCCUGGACCUGCUGCUGCAGCUGGGGGUGCAGUACCUGGAGGAGACCGCAGCAGAUUACAUCAUCCAGCAGGGCGGAUGGGGCACUGUGUUCAGCCUGGAAGAGGAGGAGGACCAAGGCAUCAUUGCUGAAGACAGCAACGACAUCUACAUCCUGACAAGUGACAACUCUGGUCAGCUCAGCCCCCCCGAGUCCCUGGUGGCCACCAGCUCUUGGCAAGCCGAGAGCCUCCCUGUCUCCCUGUCUGCCAGCCAGAGCUGGCACAGCGAGAGCUUGCCAGUCUCCCUUGGGCCCGAGUCCUGGGCGCAGGUCACCAUGGACCCUGAAGACAUCAAGAGCCUGGACAGCAACGGUGGGGCUGAGGAGCGCAGCGAGAACAACUCCUCCAACUCGGACAUCGUGCAUGUGGAGAAGGAGGAGAUCGUGGAGGACGAGGGGGCGGUUUCCUUGGCCGAGAUCCUGGAGGUCCCGGGGCUUCAGGAAGGGGUUCUGAAAGAGCUGUCCUCUCUGGCAAGCGAGGAAGGCGCUGCUCUUCCUGUGUCAGAGGAGCCAGCCUUGCCACGCGCUGCCCCCCCCGCACCGCGCGAGAGGCCUGCCAGCCCUGCACCGGAGUCGUCUCAGACUGCAGCAGCUGAGCCCCAACCCGUGGCUCAAGCAGAGAAGCCGCCUGCGCCCGCCGCAGAGGCCAAGCCCGUCACGGAGCCGGCUCCCCCUGCUGGGGGGGAGGAGAAGUCUGCUGUCGAGAGGGAGCCAGAGGUAGAGCCCCCUGCCGCUGUGCCGGUGUGUCACCUGGAGCCCGUGGUACCUCCAAAGGGAGAGACGCCCCCGGAGGCGGAGACUGUGCCUCCUCAGGAGGAGGCGCUCCCCUCUGUGCCUGAGGACAUCUGGGUGUUUCUGUACGGUGGUGCAGCGGUGGUUGCAAUAGUGGCGGUGGUUGUGGCCGCGGCCCUGGUGUACAAAAAAAAAUAGGCCGGGGUGGGGGUGGGGAGUUUCAUGAAUCGCAAAUGUGACUCGCUGCAGGCUGCCGUUUCCAGGCUGCUGAAAACCGUGGAAAGGAGGGAAUGUACUUCCGCUGUGUUCAGGUUUCCCUUUUCUUUUUUUUUUUAGUGCUUUCAUAUGUUUCUUGUAGUAUUUUGACUUAAACUGGAGUGGAGCUGUUUUAAUUUUCAUUUUCCAAAGUAUGUCUUCUGGAACAUUCGGUAUCGUACACCAUGGUCAUUUGCUUUUAUUCAUAUUGUUGUCCUAUACGUGCGAGUGGAAUCUGAACACCCACAACUAUAAAAAAAAGUACAGGAGGUAGAGAGAAAGAUUUAGGAUAUAAUGUAUAUGCUCAGGACCACAGUUGCCUCUCUGGAAUGGACCUUGUGGUUUUAGAUAUUUAGCACGCAAAGUAAACCCAAGCAUUUUGACCGUUUCUCUUUGGGUACUGGGCUUGACCUGACUUGUUACACUGAGUAUGGGAAUACAUUUUUAGUCCAUAUUGAAAAAACUCUUUCACUCCCUUUCAAAAGUGUUUAGCCAUUUCUUUAACCCGAGAACUAGGUUACUCGGUAACUUCUUAAGGCUCCAGAUGCUUUGUCAAGGUAUAGGUCCUGAAUACAGGCCUCCACAUUUUGAAUACAGAUUGAUUUUCACAGACAUCAUAUUUUAUCACAGACAUCAAAGAAAUCAUUACAUGGAAAUAAAAAAAAAACGUUACAAAAUUCACCCUAUGAAUGGUUCUUUCCCCUUCACUUUGAGAAUGGUUUACAUGUGACUGACAAGCCACUGUCCAUAUACCACUUUGUGUGUACCUUCAUCACUGAAAACUUAAAUCAGUUAUCCAGGGGAGGAUUAUGAGAGUUUUUAGAAAUCCAAGAUCAGCAUCAGCAUUUAAUUGUAUAAGAGAACAGCCUUUGACGUGAUACCCAAGCACCGCUUUAUUUUUGUGAGUGAGAACUAAAUUAUUAUUUAAAAAAAUAAUAAUUAUAUUAGUUGAAAGACUGUUUUUUAACAUUUAAAAUGCCAUGAUAAAAAAUAAAUUACUUUGUAGUCAAGAGAUUUUUCAAAGUGGUACAGGAACAUGCAAGUUUGUGGGUGUGUAACAGAUGCAAUUGUCAAAAUACACUUUAGAACUACUUCCCUGUAUUUUUUGCCAUUUAAAUCACUUUUUUUUUAUAUUAGCUUUGUGGCAUUUCAUACCACUCUGUCAGUAUUAGUGGAAACUGACUGAUGCAUAUAUUCCACUAUCCACGUUCCAACCGGCAGUUACAAAUGAUGCAACAGAAAAGUAGAUUUGCUGCCCUUUGAGAGUGUCAAAACUAAAAAGUGAUUACAUGGAGACUAUUUAUAUUGCCUCCAGGUAAAUGAAAAUGAUUGUCCAAGGCGAGAGUAUGUUCUUCUUGUGAUUCAAUUUUAUAAUUCAAUAUAAUAUUAAAUACAAGAUUAUAUGCAUUUUUUAGUUAAUUCCUGCUCACAUAUUCUUCCAUGGCCACAUACCUAGUCAAAUAAAAGUGACCACAGUAUUAACUAUGCAUAUCUGUAUUUAUUGUGUGCUAAUCUUGUUUUAUGAAGAGUUUUUUCCACCCCCAUCUCAUUGCAGCCAGUGUUGGUCAUACUUGUUCUCACUGGACUAGGCCCAAUCCCUCGGUUAAAAUGAAUUUGUCAGUAAUAAUGGAGGCACUAUAGGAUAAGCCCUAGUUUAAAUGAGCUCUUGAAGAACGUUAGAAAUCAAAUACUCUUAUGGUUUUGAUUUGGGUGAUGGUUUUGCCGAUUUAGGGUUGCAGAAUAGUUAAAAAAAUAUAUAUAUAUGUUUGUGUAUCUAGUUAUUUUUGGAAAGAAGUGGAAACGUGGUUUGUUCUUUUGUCAAUACUUCCUGUUUUUUUCACCAUUAUUCUGAUGUAGCUUUCUCAUUGGGUUCCCACUGGGCUCCUUUUCAUGUUAAAAACAAGCACAAUCAAGACUGAUUAUCUGCCAGGGUCACUUGGGUACCCCUUUCAAAGACUGAAGUCAGUGGAACACAGAUCAUCUCUGGCUUAAUUUGCAAACAAAAGGGACAUGAAUGUAUUGUCUUGUCAUUAUUAUUUUUUUAUCAAAGGCUGUGCCAAUGGAUUGUUUGCAAUGGAGAGGGUGUUUUGGUUCACUGAUAUGCAGCAAACAAAACCAGAAAAAGUCUGCCCUAUACAGAUGAACCACUGAACCCAGUAUUAGCUCAUUUAAAGGCUAGCAGAUAUACUGUGUAUGUUUCAGAACACACCGGUGUCCACUUAUUCGUGAGCUUAUACUUGGUUUGUUCUCAGUUUUUAAGCCCAAACUGACUUUUCAGACUAAAUGUUUUAACCCCAGCAACACCUGGUUGCCGUCUUUUGCCUGUUCAGCCUUUUGUGAGAGUCAGACCCCUCUUUUGAAAGCAUUAAUAUUUUCCAGUACUCAUCUUUUGAAAAGUACUUAUACAGGCCAUUAUUUUAUUAUGUGUUUUGAGAAUAAAGACCAAGAAUAGGUGUGGAUCACAGUGUUCAUCAGAAAUACAGUGCACUUUGUUAGGGUGUGAGUAAAUAUCCAUUCUUCAAAUAAAGGUUUACUUUUUUAUUUAGAGAUGUUUCGGAAAGCUGAGACCUAAUUGUAGUAAUAUGAAUUGGGUUAAAGAUCGCAAGACCGGCAAUACAAUUUUCCUUUCGGCAUGGCUUGUGACUGACUGGGGAGUUUUUGUGUUUUCUCAAAGGAAGAUUCCAUUCCCACUCUACUGAAACGGUAGGUUUUUUUUGCUCGACACAUUUUCCCAUCAGCCAGCAUAGCCUUCAGCCUGACACAAGUGAUCCAAUUCAGUAGUGAGCUGUGCCUGUCUUAGACUAAAUGCAUUUGUAUAAAAAAAAGGUAAAGCUAAAGACAAUUCAGCAUUAACCUGCUGGUGUCUUUUGGCUAAGACAACCUCGAUCAAAAGAGAGUGCCAUUUCAAAAAUGAAACCUAACUUGCACUUUAAAUUAUGGAAAUUAAACCAGCUUUUUCCCUUAGCUUGGAAUAGCAAUCCACGUAGUGAUGGAUCACAUUCUGCAAUAUUUAAACUAGAAGAGCAACUAGAUUUUUUUAAAAACCUUUUUGCUUUGAUACUGCUAGGGAAAAAUACCAUUACUACCACAGACAAUCAGUAGCAAAAGAUAGAAAAUGAAUAAAUGAAAAUCAUUUUCAUAGCUACAUAGCUGCCACGUGUGGCAUUCAGAAAUUGUUUUGUGAAGAUUAUUUAUGUUAUGGUUGGGAGUAUUUUUCUAGAAGCCCACAGGUGGCUUUUGACUGGGGGUGAGGUAAUUUGAAAGACACCUUUAAGGUUUUUGACAUUAAAGAUUUAAUUUUGUUAUACUUGGAAUUAAGAUAUGAAAAGUUAAGAAGGCUCACUCAGCUCUGCUCCAGUCCAGUUCUCAAUAGCAGCUAGUGGAAAUCCUUUCACAGUGUUGAAGGGACACAGCUAAAGAAUUAUUCAGUGUGGGCCCUACUGUUCAUCGGCAUUCAACACAACACCUGAAUCAAAUGCAGGGGUAAUACAUUUUAUGACCAGGUGUAUGGUAGACUGGGUGGUAGCAAAGUGUGGAUGUAGAGGAAAGGGGCUUUUACCAUUGAAAUGUAACAAACAUUUGUGCUGUUUAAUCACAUUACAAUUGUUAUGGGUUAAAAUGCAGAACCAAGUCCCGUUUGAGAUUCUUGAAAACUGCUCAAGUCACACCUUUAUUUUUAAAUUGGACAUUUUUUGACAACAGUAUGAAUGUAAAAGCCCCAGCUUUACAUUUUGUACUGAGUUUCCUAACUGUACAGUUUAAAACCAUUAAAUAAAAAUAUUUUCAAAACUUG